GCCUAAACAACAUUCGCGAGAAACACGCCGAUCUCGUCCACUGCAUCCAUCUGAAACCCCCCCACCGAUAACACGCAACCGACCUCCCCUCUAGCACCAACACAGAACUAGGGCACCAUGCCCGACGCCUCCGCCUCCGGCGCCUCGGCGUCCCAGAACGACGGCUCGUCGGCGCGCAACCGGCGCGAGCACAACCAGGGCAACCAGGAGCGCAAGUACACGGCGGAGCAGAAGGCGGCGGUGCUGCGGAUCCGGCGGUGCCAGCCGACGGCGUUCUACGAGAUCCUGGACGUGCAGAAGACGUGCAGCGACGGCGAGAUCAAGAAGGCGUACCGCAAGCUCUCGCUGCUGACGCACCCGGACAAGAACGGCCACGAGCACGCCGACGAGGCCUUCAAGAUGGUCGCGCGCGCCUUCAGCGUGCUGGGCGACAAGGAGAAGCGCGAGAAGUACGACCGCUUCGGCACCGACCCCGAUAGCAGGUUCGCGAGCGCCCAGGCCCAGGCCCAGGCACAGAAUCCGUUUGCUGGGUUUGCUGGCCGGAGGGCUGGUGGCGGCGGCGGUGGUGGUGCAGGGAUGUGGGGAGAGGAGGAGAUUAGUCCCGAGGAGAUGUUUGCAAGGUUCUUUGGCGGCGGUGGGUUUGGAGGGCCGUUUGGGGGUGGCUUCGACGCCGGGCCGCAGUUCGUCUUCAACUUCGGCGGGCCGGGCAUCCGGGUGCAUCAGUUCGGCGGGGCGCGGCCACGAGGGCGGCCGCGCAACCCCGGGCAAGAAGAGCCGGCGAGCACUUGGAGCACACUCGUCGGCUUGUUGCCCAUCCUGCUGCUCGUCAUAUGGCCACUUCUCUCAUCCAUCUUCUCGGGCAUCACCUCCUCGUCGACGCCCGCCACGCCCAGUAUGGUCUUCGAUGAUCCGCACCCGCCACUGUACACGGUCGAACGCACGAUGCCGAACCUCAAGGUGAAAUACUAUCUCAACCCCGCGGACAUCCAGUCGUACAGCCCGUCUAAGCUCUACUCGCUCGACAAGAAGGCCGAGGUGUUGCUCGUGCAGCAGCUGCGCAGUCGAUGCGAGAGCGAGAUGGCGCACAAGCGGCAGCUGCAGGAGGCGGCGCAGGGCUGGUUCUUCCCGGACCCGGAGAAGAUGGAGGUGGCCAACGCGUACCCGAUGCCCGCCUGCCAGAGGUUGAACACGCUGCGGUUAUAGUAUGAUGGAGAGCGGAAUGUAAUGUUUAAACGGGCCGGGAGAAACUGCUUAGAUGUUGCGCCGUGGCUCCGGGACGGUCUACGGUAUUGGGCCAUGGCGGCGUUGGGUGGGUGGUAUUUGCAUAUGAGCGUGCUUGGGAUCGUUGUAUAGGUAUCCAUAGAUUCAUUUCCCCGUCGUGGAAGGCGUCAUGAUGAGUUUUGCGGCCAUUGCUUUUGCAGUAUGUCGGGGGUGGCAGGGAGGGUUACGACGUCCUUCACAGUCCGCAUGUCCUCCGUAAGUGCCGGACGCCCGUACCACUGGCAGCCCGCAUGACGUAAGUGGUCUCUGUCGGCUGGGCCCCAAAUCCUCAGUCUAGCGUCGUUCUCUCACAUUGUCUCAUUUCCUAACAGUGUUCAAGGAAACUGAGGACGCGUAAUUUCAUGGCCAAAAGGCCGAGGAAGGGUCACGGAGAGAGACCUGCCGCCACCUGGCAGCCUGGAGAGAUG